CCGUGGAAUAAUGAGAUCACCGCGCAGCAAAGAGACCCGCGAAGGAUAGACAUUGAAGGGAGUCCAAGCAGUGCACGAGGGGAGGUCACAAAAUAAUAAUACGUCUCUGUAUCCAGUGGUGUGUAAAUUCUUAUAAUGCACACAUUAUUUUCUGCCGGGGCUAAGCAGAAUUUAAAAAAAAAAAUGUUCUGAUCCAAAUAAAAUAAUAAUAUAUUCUUUUUCUCUUUUAAUAAUUUUUUUUUUUUCAGAUGAACCACCUCCUUGUAAAGUCUUAGCCCUACAAUUUAUAUCAUCGUGUUAAGCGUGCUAGCGACGUCCCAAGUCGAGCCCCGUUGGCAAUCCCAACUGCUCUAUUGACAGGAACUUAUCAAGGUAAAUUUAUAUUUUAAUAAUUGAUGAACUGCAUUCAGGUUGUGUAAAGAAUAAAUAAGAUCAAAUUAUGUUUGAACGUGUCUAUUAAUUCAAAGUUAACAUAUCUUUUUUCUUAAAUUUCAUAAAUUUGUAUUUUUGUGGCGGAGAAAAAAAAAAGGGGUGGGGGGCGGGGUUAUCACAUUUCUUCAUAUUUAAAUGUGGCAUUUCAGAAGACUGGAUAUUUUGUAAUGGAAAUAAAAUGCGUACAUUUUGGGAACAAAAUAGCUACCAUGUAAGAACUACUAAAUUGUGUUGUAUGGACCACUAAAGUGUGUUGUAUGGACCACUAAAGUGUGUUGUAUGAACCACUAAAGUGUGUUGUAUGAACCACUAAAGUGUGUUGUAUGAAUCACUAAAGUGUGUUGUAUGAAUCACUAAAGUGUGUUGUAUGGACCACUAAACUGUUUUGUAUGAACCACUAAAGUGUGUUGUAUGGACCACUAAAGUGUGUUGUAUGGACCACUAAAGUGUGUUGUAUGAAUCACUAAAGUGUGUUGUAUGAACCACUAAAGUGUGUUGUAUGAAUCACUAAAGUGUGUUGUAUGGACCACUAAAGUGUGUUGUAUGGACCACUAAUGUGUGUUGUAUGAACCACUAAAGUGUGUUGUAUAAACCACUAAAGUGUGUUGUAUGGACCACUAAAGUGUGUUGUAUGGACCACUAAAGUGUGUUGUAUGGACCAAUAAAGUGUGUUGUAUGAACCACUAAAGUGUGUUGUAUGGACCACUAAAGUGUGUUGUAUGGACCAAUAAAGUGUGUUGUAUGGACCACUAAAGUGUGUUGUAUAAACCACUAAAGUGUGUUGUAUGAAUCACUAAAGUGUGUUGUAUGAAUCACUAAAGUGUGUUGUAUGGACCACUAAACUGUUUUGUAUGAACCACUAAAAUGUGUUGUAAGGACCACUAAAGUGUGUUGUAUGGAUCACUAAAGUGUGUUGUAUGGACCACUAAAGUGUGUUGUAUAAACCACUAAAGUGUGUUGUAUGAAUCACUAAAGUGUGUUGUAUGAAUCACUAAAGUGUGUUGUAUGGACCACUAAACUGUUUUGUAUGAACCACUAAAAUGUGUUGUAAGGACCACUAAAGUGUGUUGUAUAAACCACUAAAGUGUGUUGUAUGAAUCACUAAAGUGUGUUGUAUGAAUCACUAAAGUGUGUUGUAUGGACCACUAAACUGUUUUGUAUGAACCACUAAAAUGUGUUGUAAGGACCACUAAAGUGUGUUGCAUGGACCACUAAAGUGUGUUGUAUAAACCACUAAAGUGUGUUGUAUGGACCACUAAAGUGUGUUGUAUGGACCACUAAAGUGUGUUGUAUGGACCAAUAAAGUGUGUUGUAUGAACCACUAAAGUGUGUUGUAUGGACCACUAAAGUGUGUUGUAUGGACCACUAAAGUGUGUUGUAUGAAUCACUAAAGUGUGUUGUAUGGACCACUAAAGUGUGUUGUAUGAAUCACUAAAGUGUGUUGUAUGGACCACUAAAGUGUGUUGUAUGGACCACUAAUGUGUGUUGUAUGAACCACUAAAGUGUGUUGUAUGGACCACUAAAGUGUGUUGUAUGAACCACUAAAGUGAGUUGUAUGGAACAAUAAAGUGUGUUGUAUGAACCACUAAAGUGUGUUGUAUGAAAAACUAAAGUGUGUUGUAUGGACCACUAAAGUGUGUUACAUGAACCACUAAAGUGUGUUGUAUGAACCACUAAAGUGUGUUGUAUGAAUCACUAAAGUGUGUUGUAUGGACCACUAAAGUGUGUUGUAUGAACCACUUAAGUUGGCUUUAUGGACCACUAAAGUGUGUUGUACGAACAACUAAAGUGUGUUGUAUUGACCACUAAAGUGUGUUGUAUGGACCACUAAAGUGUGUUUUAUGAACCAUUAAAAUGUAUUGCAUGGACCACUAAAGUGUGUUGUAUGGACCACUAGAGUGUGUUUUAUGAACCAUUAAAAUGUAUUGCAUGGACCACUAAAGUGUGUUGUAUGGACCAUUAAAGUGUGUUGUAUGGACCACUAAAGUGUGUUGUAUUGGCCUCCAAACUGUGUUGUAGGGACUUCUAAAGUGUGGUGAAUAAACAUCUCAUAUGUAGUAAAUUAAUGUCUAAAAUCGGAAAUGUACCUUACAAGUAUGUAAAUAAGUCCCCUGGAGUGUAGCAAAUGGACGAAUCGCGAUAUUGAAUUCUUCAGCGUGAGGUUUUCGAGAUAAGAUUCUUCGUGAAUGAUGCGUUGUUGAAGUAAAAAAAUUAGAAGAUAGACGCUCAACCUGUUCUACAUAAAAUAAAAUUCAGUACGGUUUUAUUUAAAAAAAAAACAACAACAUAUAAAUCUACAAUAAAAUUAAUAAAAAAAAAAAUGUUAUCCUUUUUUUUAGAAAUGCUAAAGGAGUUGUUAUUAAAAAAAAACAUUGUUUUUACAAAUUAAUAUAAGUUGUAUAUGUAAAGUUGUAUAUUGAUUAACCAAACAUUUAAAGUUUAUUACAGUUUUUAACAUAGAGGCCCGAAUCUUUUGUAUGUACAAUAAAGUCCUUGCUCCUUUCAGACGUGAGGGUUACCCAAUGUCGCGGUUAGAAGAUAUUGCAUGUAUUCCGCUGAAGAUAAAAUACCUUUUUGUUGAUUGGAUCAAUACAUUUAUUUGAGUGUAACCAAUUCAUGCUUUUUGUUCUAUUGAUUUUAAUUCAUGCAAUGGCCUUUAAUUAAAGCUUCUUAACAGAUUUUAAUUUGUUUGAUAACCGUUGGCUAUGACGGGUAUUUUGGCGUCAGACGGUAUCUUUGUGCAGUUCUUGUUGUCAUUAGUUAACAAUAUAAAUAUUCUGUGGCUGACACACUCUUUGUGUUGCCCCCCCCCCCUUGUCUUUGUGACUAGCAUUAGCUAACACGACAUUCCAAGUAUGGCAGGUCUGGACAGGGCGUUGACUAAUUUAAAAAAAAAAAAUACAAACCAUUUCCCAAACAUCUGAGCAAUUAACUCUAUCUCCAAAAAUAAUUUUUAUCCUUACCUUUUAGGACUUGUUAAGGUAUCAUAUGGAAAGGACUGCGCAGAUGUUGUCAAUUGUGCUGUUGGUUGGUUUAGGCAUUAAAUAUAUAGUACAAUAGUAUAGAGUACAUCAAUUUCUUUCUUUCAAGCAAAAUUGCUUAUAUAUAUCAAUAGAUAUUGAUAUGGACAAUAUUUUGUUCAGUUAUAUUGAACCUGAAAUCUUAAAAACUUCAAAUUGAAAUAAGGUGACCUUUAAUUCAAUAUCUGUUCAUGACUCUAUCACAUUGAUUACCCUCAAUACAAAAGUAUGGAAGUUAGGGCGAAUUUAAGUCACGUAUGUAAAUCUAUUAGUCAAGUCUCUGCAUCAAUCUGUUAAUGUACUGUCUUCUUAAACAUUUAUAUAGAAACAAGGAGUUUUGCGCAAAAACUUUCUUUAAAUGUUCAUACAUUUAAAUGGAAUAAAUCUUUCUCGCACGUAGAAACAUAUAUAUAGACAAGGCAACAAACAGACAUUCGGCCUGGUGGAUAGACAAAUAUAUGGGUAGAUGGAUAUGUGGAAAGAUGGACAGCUGGCUAAUUUGAUGAAAAUAAAAACCCGAAAUAUGGAGUCAUAGAAUAAAAUUGCUAGAGAAGCUUGACUCAUCUGUAUGUCCGCUCAGUUCAUCCCUUAAAACAAACCUAACAAUGCUAAACGUCUGUCCGAAUACAUGUCUACCAAUUGAUUCGUAUCACUAUGGACUGCCUUCAAUCACUUCAUCAAACCUGACAAUGCUAAAUGUCUAUCCCACUACCUUUCAAGCCUAAAACUUGAUUCGUAUCUCUAUGAACUGCCGUCAAUCACUUCAUCAAACCUGACAAUGCUAAAUGUCUGUCACACUACAUGUCAAGCCUAUAACUUUAUUCGUAUCUCUAUGGACUGCCGUCAAUCACUAUAUAAAACCUAACAAUGCUUAAUGUCUGUCCCACUACACGCCAAGCCUAAAACUUCAUUCAUAUCUCUAUGGACUGCCGUCAAUCAUUUCAUUAAACCUAACAAUGCUAAAUGUCUGUCCCACUACAUGUCAAGCCUAAAACUUGAUUCGUAUCUCUAUGAACUGCCGUCAAUCACUUCAUCAAACCUGACAAUGCUAAAUGUCUGUCACACUACAUGUCAAGCCUAUAACUUUAUUCGUAUCUCUAUGGACUGCCGUCAAUCACUAUAUAAAACCUAACAAUGCUUAAUGUCUGUCCCACUACACGCCAAGCCUAAAACUUUAUUCAUAUCUCUAUGGACUGCAGUUAAUCACUUCAUGAAACCUAACAAUGCUAAAUGUCUGUCCCACUACAUGUCAAGCCUAAAACUUUAUUCGUAUCUCUAUGGACUGCCGUCAAUCACUUCAUGAAACCUGACAAUGCUAAAUAUCUGUCCCACUACAUGUCAAGCCUAAAACUUUAUUCGUAUCUCUAUGGACUGCCGUCAAUCACUUCAUGAAACCUAACAAUGCUAAAUGUCUGUCCCACUACAUGUCAAGCCUAAAACUUUAUUCGUAUCUCUAUGGACUGCCGUCAAUCACUUCAUGAAACCUGACAAUGCUAAAUAUCUGUCCCACUACAUGUCAAGCCUAAAACUUUAUUCGUAUCUCUAUGGACUGCAGUCAAUCACUUCAUGAAACCUAACAAUGCUAAAUGUCUGUCCCACUACACGCCAAGCCUAAAACUUUAUUCAUAUCUCUAUGGACUGCAGUCAAUCACUUCAUGAAACCUAACAAUGCUAAAUGUCUGUCCCACUACAUGCCAAGCCUAAAACUUUAUUCGUAUCUCUAUGGACUGCGGUUUAGCUUUGUGCUACAAGGCGAAAAUCUGCAUUUGAUUAGAGUGAAAAAAUAAAUAAAUCAAUAACAAACAGGCAGGUUCUUGAGUCACCCCUGCAAUGCAUAUUAUUCUGUUUAAUACUGAAUAUGAAGCUAUUUUCUAAGGUGUAAUUGAAUCAAUUGAACCUUUUGAUUUUUAUAGAUAUAAAAGCAUGAGACGUCUCUUCAUUGUCUACCUGUCAUACAGAUUUGAUUACAACCGAGGCAGACCCUGGUGACGCAUCAUGAGAUCUGUCCCGGAAUAGCUCAAUCGAACUGCUUACAUUGAACAAAUUACAUUUAUAUUUCCGCAAUGUUAAUUACAAUAAUUAUCCCGUCGCUGCUGGUAUACUAAUUCACAUUCAACUGAGUUAGAAAAAUCAAAUAAACACCUUUUUUUUUGAAAAAAAGAUUCCCCAUAAUUCAUGAGGAAAACAAUGCCUUUAUUGAUUUUAUGAUUGAGAGCAUGGAAUAAGGAAACACGCAGUCUUAAAAGAGGAAGUGUGUAAAAAAGAAGUAAAGAAGGGAAUUACAUAAGACGAUAACAUUGCAAUUUAUUUUGGUUUUUAGAUAUAUAUCAUGCUUUUUUGUUACGACUGCCCUUGAAUAUGUAUUCGUUUACUGGAAUAAACAUGACCAUUUUAAAGGAAUAUUUAAUUUUUGUUGUUGUUUCCCAGCCCUCAGCACCUCUUUUUACACGAUGUUUAGCCUCAAAUCGAUCUUUUAGUUCGAAAUUUAUUCAUCUUAAUCUACACUCUAAAACUAAAACACUUCAGUGCUUUAAUCACUAGCCUUAAUGAUCUUUAACUUCACAUAGUAUUUGUCCGAGACCACGCUCUCAAUGACAUCUCAUUAAUUCUAUUAUAAAUGGCCGUAAAUAUAUCUUUGACUGCGCAUAAUAUUUUUAUCAGCCAACCCUCUGAGAACUCCAUCUUUAUUCCAACAUUUUCAUUAAUCUUCUUCUUCUUCUAUAUCUUAAGGGCCCACGAUCAAUUUAUAGAUCAUUUUGGCUCCUAUGCAUGUAGAUGGGAUUUGCAAUGUUUCUGUUACUGGUGUUGAUGAGGAAAUCAUUCACUAGGGGUUUGAAGGCUUGAGGCAAUAGACACAAAUGUGUCUAGUGUUGUCGCCUCAACCGUUCCUUUUGAAAGAUUGUUCCAGUCCCUGAUUGUCUUGGGCAGGAAUGAGCAGCUCCUAUACUGGCUUCUUGCUGGUAUGAGCCUGAAUUGCCUGUCAUGGCCUCGUCGCUGUCUAUGGGGGAGAGGGACGAGUUUCUGUUUAAUACUGGAACAGUGGACCAGCCCAUUAUUUAUCUUGUACAUCAUGGAGAGCCUGGAUUGUCGUCGUCGUUUCUCCAAUGGUGACCAGCCUAGUGUUUCUAGCAUGCUGCCAACACUAGAGGUAUUCCUGUAGCGGUUUAGGACAAAACGUGCUGCUCGUCGCUGGACCGCCUCCAACCUGUCAAUGCUCUUCUGGGUAAAUGGGUCCCAGACUGAAGAUGCAUAAUCUAAAAUCGGACGGAUAAAGGCUAUAUAUGCUCUUUCUUUCACACAGGAGUUGCCAAUCUUUAGAUUUCGCCUUAAGAACCCUAGGGUCUUGUUUGCUUGGUUACAUACAUUGUUAAUAUGUUCAUCCCAUCGGACCUCUCUUUGAAUGGUAACACCCAGGUACUUUACGGAGGAAACUUGCUCAAGAAUAUGGCCGUGCAGUUCGUAUUGGUAGUGUAGAGGAGUACAACUUCUAGAGAUUGAUAGUGUCUGGCACUUGGCAGGGUGAAAUUCCAUGUCCCAGCUCAUCUCCCACUCAGCUAACAGAUUGAGAUCCUGUUGUAGCUGGUCCUGGUCUGAUCUGUUGGCGAUCGUCCUAUACACUGAUGUGUCAUCUGCGAACAGUCUUGCCUGUGAUGUCAGGUUCUCGGGUAGGUCAAUAAUGUAUGCUAGGAACAAACAGGGGCCCAGGACUGAUCACCUGGGGGUAUACUUUACGUAUACUCCCUCUAAUGCUUGAAACGUCAAAAUCCACAAUGAUAUUAUUUUUUUUUCUAAUCUAUUUCUCUACUUGACUUCUUCCCUAAACAAAACAACACAAAAUUUCCUCGCAGCCAUCUUCUUUAAAAAAAAAUAAUAAUUUUCAGUAUUUAUUACAAUUGAUAAUUUUUGAUAUAUGCAAAUGUCACCGCACACAACUUUAAUAAAACUUAUAAGAUAUUUUACUUAGACUGCGAAGCGAAUUGUUAAGACGGUAAAAAAAAAAUGAUUUCUUAUUACAAACUGUUCACAGGCAAAGCAUGAUAGUUUGUGCUAAAACAUAAAUUUGGAAACUUCAAAGCUAGAAGGGGAGUUAAAAUUUUUUUUGUUUUUUUAGUUUUAACAGCCUCUUCCUUUACCAACUUCGUUCUGAUAUUAUAAUAUAUAAGAUGUAUUAAAUAUAUUAUUAUUAAUACUACAGUGGUCUUAUAUAGCGGGUACCCCAGCCUAUUAACAAAAAAUGAAAACAUCUAAACGGUGAGGUUUAUAUUUGAACGUGGUUUGAGGUCAAGUGUUAAACUCCUUCACACUACGUCCCAUGACUUUGUCACAAACUUUUUCAUCCGUCAACUGCGUAUUGUUAUCCAUCCUAGAAUAAUUUUACACAUGGAAUUUUAACGACGCAAUAUUGCAAAAUCGCUGACUUCAUGAUCUCAAAAGGUUGUAGAAACAACCCAUCAAAACUACAUAUAAAAAAAAAAUUGUCACAAGAAAUAGACACCUUCCUAAAACAUGGUGCGACCAAGAAAGAAACACGGCCAUUAGUAUAAUGUAAGAAGUAAAUCAAAUAUCCACCUGAUUAAAUAUGCGAUGUUGUAGAGAAUAGUUUUUCUUGUGAACACUGUAAAAUGAAAAAAAAAUUAAAAAAACAAAAAUUCGACAUUUAAUUAUUGUUGAGCCACACAUUGGGAUCCGCUAACAUAUCUGCAUUACAAAUCGAUAUAAGCAGUUAUGUUAAUUAAUUGUAUUGUUUGCAAGAUCCAAUCAUUUCAUACCUGUGGAUGAUAUAUUUGAACAUAAUUUUCUUUCGGGGGCCAAAUCAAGCGAUCGAUUCGAUCUGAGUGGAUUUAUAGAGACGAAGGGGUGAGAUUAAUCACGUCAUUGUAAAGUCUACGUACUGUAAGUCUGCUAGCGCCAUCCCAGGUCACGCCCAAUCACAACUUCUUUACAGACAUACACUUAACAAGGUAAAUUAAAAUUUCUGUUUUGUCAAUAUGUUAUUCGCUUAGUGAAGACAUGUACAAGCAAGGCAAAUAGUAUAAAUAAUAUUAUUUAGUGUGGUCAUUGUGCGCCUCAUGGCCAGUGUGACUUGAUUAAACGCACGGCCGUAUAAUAGUUGUAUAAAUAUUUGAUUGGUGUCUUAAAAUACAAUACAAUUGCCAAUAAUGAUGUUUGUUAAGUUAUGCAUCAUUAUUUUACUAUUCACCAGGAAUGUGCAUUUCCAUAUUAGAUUGAACCAUUCAUAUAGAAAUACAUUAGAUUUUUGUGUUCUUCCCAGUCAUGGACUUCUACUUUCAAUUGGCAAAACAAUGGCGACUUGAAGCUCUGAAAUCUGAGCUCAAAGUCCCGACCCCCUUUACAACCUUCAUAUCUCAAUAAUCUUAACGGCUACCACAAGACUCCACCGCUAAUAUCACACCCGUACACCACACUAAUAUCACCACACCCUACAACCUCAACACUAUUAACAUUACCCUGCCACUAAACCCCUAAGACCACAACCCUGGAGUCCCAACACUACCAACCAUCAAUGCAAACACACCCCUACAACCGCAAUAAUAUCACCACAACCCCUGCAUCACACCCCUAGCACCACACCCCUACAUCCCACUAGUGCCACCAUAUCCCUACCACUACACCCUUACCAAUAUACCACAAUUACCACAUCACUACCAAAAUAUCACCAUCACCUUACUAGUACCACCACAAUGCUACAACCACGCGCUCACCACCACACCCCUACAUCCCAGCUAUGCCACCACCACCCUACCACCACAUCACUACAACUUCACCUACCUACCUUUGCCAUCAAACCCUUACCACCACACCCCUACCCCCACACCACUACCACCACACCACUACCACCACACCACUACCACCACACCACUACCAGCACACGCCUACCACCACGACCAUAACCAAACACAACAUUACCAGCACAACCCUAAAACCACACCCCACCACAACAACCUUACCACAACACCCAUAACACAAAAACCCUAACACCACUCCCCCAUCACAACACGCUUACCCCCCAACCCCUAAAAAAACAAGCUUACCACACUGCCCCGAUCCCCACAACACAACCACUACACCUACCAUCAUACCCCUAAAUCAACACUCCUACCACAAUACCCCUAGCACCACACACAUACCACUAUACUAUAAUCAUCACACACCUGACAAUAAAGCUCAACCACGACAAACUAACCACAGCGAAUCUAAAACGACAUCCCAACAACAUCAAUACCAAAAACCCACUUACACCACAUCCCUCCCAGCACAUCCAUAACUCUAAAUCACUAUUACAACACCUUUAACACCACCAACCCCCCCCCAACAAAUACCACAAAACCACUACCACCACACCCCUACCACAACAUAUCUACAACGACACCCCUUCAAACAUAACACUACCAACAUACCCUUACAACCACUCCCUUCCCACCGAAACCCUUAAACCACACUCCUACCAACAUAAACUUACCACGAAACCCCUACCACCACAAACAUACAGACACAACUUUACAACCACACCGUUACAACCACACACCUACCAACAUAAUAUUAACCACACCACUUAAAAAACCAUACUUUCAACAUUAACCCUCCCAACACUCCCAUACAACCAAACCCACAUCAGCCCACCCCUACCACAAAACUCCUACCACCACAUUCACACCACCACCAUCCUCCCAAUACACCCAUAAAGCCACAUCCCGACACCACAACCGUACGACCACACAAUUACUCCACAUCCUUACACUCACACACCAACCACCAAACCCCAACAACCAAACACACACCAUCAUACCCCUAUCACCACACCCUAACACCCACAUACUGCACACAUAACCCAACCACAACACCCUUACCACCACACCUAACCCCAACACUCAAACAAUCCCACCCCUACCAAAAACCACACCCCUAGGAUCACACAUCCACCAACACACUCCCACUACUACAUCCUUACCACCACACCCCAAGCAUCACACACCCACCAACACACUCACAUUACUACACCCCUACCACCACACUCAUAGCAUCACACAGCCACCAACACACUCCCACUACUAGAUCCCUACCAACCACAUUCCUAGCAUCACACAGCCACCAAAACACUCCCACUACUACACCCCUACCACAGCACCCCUAGCAUCACACACCAACCAAAACACUCCAACCACUACAUCCCCACCCCUACUACGCUACCAACACACACCCACGACCAAAACACCACAACCACCACACCCCUGACCACACCUAUAGAACCACACCUCACCACUAAAACCUUAACACAACAAUCCUACAACAACACCCCACAACUAAAACUUUAACACAACACCCCUCCCACCAAACCCUACAAACACACCACACCACCAAACCCCCACAACUACAACUCCACCACUAUAACCCUAUCAUCACACCUCUACCACGUCACUUCUAGCGCCAUACCCCUACCAUUACAUCCCAUUACUACACCCCUACCACCACACUUCUACCACCAUAACCCUAGCACCACAACCCCAUCACGACACCCCCACAACAACACCCUUAUAAUUACAACCCCGCAACCACACCCCUACCACACCGCCCCUACCAACACAACCCUACAACCACAACCCUACCACCACAACCCCACAUCCUUACCACCACAUCCGCAGCCCUAGCACCACACGCCUACAACAAAUACUCCACAACUACAACCCCACCACUACACCCCUACACCCCUACAACCAGAACCCUACCACCAAUCCCCUAGGACAAAACGCGUACAAUUUGACAGUUAACACAAUACUCAUAUCACAACACCCCCACCACUAAUCCUCUCGACCAAUCCCAUACACCACACCCUUACCCCAACUUGCCUACCACACUCCUAGCAGCUCACCAUACCACUUAAACCAUAAAACAAUACCCAUACCACUACACCCUUACCACCUGACCCCUCCCACCACCACACCUACCUAAUACUAUUACCACCACUCUCUAACCUCACACACUUACCACAACAUCCCUACCACCACAUCCCUACCACCACACCUUUACCACCACAGCUCUACCACUUGAACUAUACCACCACAUCUACCAAAUACGAUUACCACCACUCUCUAACCUCUAACACUUACCACAACAUCUCUAGCGCCACAAUCCUACAACCACACCCCUACCACCACAUCCUUACCACCACACCUUUACCACCACAUCCCUACUACCUGACCCCUACCACCAAACCAACCAAAUACUAUUACCACCACUCUCUAACCUCAACACAUUUACAAAAACACCUCUAACACUACACCCCUGCCACCACACCACUACCACCAAAUACCUACCACCACAUCCCUACCACUACAUCCCUACCACCACAUCCCUACCAACACACACCUACCACCAUUACCCUACCACCAGACCCCUACCACCGCACCCUUACCAACAUAACCCUACCACCACAUCCCUACCACCACACCCUUACCACCACACCUCUACCACCUGAGCCAUACCACCACACCUACCAAAAACUAUUACCACCACUCUCUAACCUUACACAAUUAACACAACACAUCUAAAACCAAACACUACCACCACAUCCCUACCACCACACCCCUACCACCACACUCCUACCAUCACAUCCCUACCACCAUAUCCCUACCACCACACCCUUACCACCACACCCCUACCACCACACCCCUACCACCACACCCCUACCACCACAUCCCUACCAUCACAUCCCUACCACCACACCUUUACCACCACACCCUUACCACCUGAACCCUACCACCACAUCUACCAAAUACUAUUACCACCACUCUCUAACCUCACACACUUACCACAACACUUCUAACACCACAUCCCUACCACCACACCUUUACCACCACACCCUUACCACCUGAACCCUACCACCACAUCUACCAAAUACUAUUACCACCACUCUCUAACCUCACACACUUACCACAACACCUCUACCACUACACCCCUACCACCACAUCCAUACCACCACAUCCCUACCAAUACAUUCAUACCACCACACCCCUACCACCUGACCCCUAACACCACACCUACCAAAUACUUUUACCACCACUCUCUAACCUCACGCACUUACCACAACACCUCUAACACCACACCCCUACCGCCACACCCCUACCACCACAUCCCUACCACCAUAUCCUUACAACCACAUCCCUACCAACACACACCUACCACCAUUACCCUACCACCACAUCCCUACCACCACUCCCCUACUACCAUGACCUUAACACCACAACUCUACCACCACACCGCUACCACCACAUCCCUUCUAACAUUCCCCUACCACCUCACCUCUACCACAACAAUCCUACAACCACACCCCUACCACCACACCCUUACUACCACACCUUACCACCACACAUUUUCCACCAACCCUCCAACAUCACACCCCUUCCACAAUACCUUACCAACCAUUAGAGCUAAAGGUAAUGAAGUUCUGCGGAGUUCCUAAACAACAGAUCUAAGUAGAGAUCUCGCUCAUGUCUCAAGCGCAAUGAGCUAUUGAUAUUGACGUACAGAUAACUUCUUUCACCGUCUCUUUUCUGUGUUUGAUUAUCUUGCCGUAAAAGUUGAUUUUGCUAGUGCUGCGAUGAAACACGCACAUCAAAAAGCGUAGAAAAGAAAAUCCAUGCUUGGUUGUAAGCAGGUUUCGACUGUACUCUCUCCUGAUUGUAGCAUAGUCAACGACAUUUCAAUGUAUUGAGCAAAUUGGAAUCCAGGAUAUCCUAUUUACCGUGUAAAAGCGAAAAAAUGAAUUAGUAAUUAGAAAUUAGCCCUUAUCGCAAUUCUUCAUUAAGAUGAGAUUGCUAAUUUAUAACGUCACAAUAGAUGUAACCAAAGUUCCACUUGAAAAUUGAAGUCACCAAUAAAUUAUCAGUUUUUUUGCUUAGGAACUUCACCUAUGACAGAGGAAAGAUCCUCCUAUAAAUUUGUCAUUAAUUUGUGUCGCUUUUAAAGAAAAGCAGACGACGAUGGUGAGUUGUUCUCUUCCAAAUAAGAAAGUAAUUUUCAUUAUCAUUAUCAUUAUCAUAGCGUUGACUACCCGUGGAAUUCAUGCUAGCAGGCUAAUCAGUAAUGAAUUAACAGCAAAACUAACACCGAUAUUUUUUAUUUUAUUUUCCUAAGUCUACUCUAAAAGCAGAUAUAUCAAGAUAUACCAAGAGUUUUUUGUUCUCCUGCAUACCGGGUUUCGCUAAGGCUUUUAAGAUCUACACUUGUUCCUGGCCUGUUCAUUUCAUAUAAUAGCCAUUCUCCUCUGCUAUCUGUUCCCAACAUCUUUGUCCUGAAGUAUGCUGCCAUUCUUGCACUCUGAUUUUUAGGGGGGGGGGUGGGGGGGGGUGGAGGGUGGUUUGAUCAUGUGGUUUGAAAUUUCAGUCUUUUUAAAAAAAAUAGAAUUUAAACAUUAACAGCAUGGAUAGGGUUCACUCUACAUGCUUUCGGCUGAAAGGAAAGGAUGGGACAUACAAUGUUUAAGGCAUCUUUUCUAGUUCCUACUUAUGCCAUGGAGGUAAGCAGUGCUUUCCUAAAGAAGGCUGGUCAGUCGCUGAAGGUACUGACGGACACCACUACUACCUUUUCACAGUAAUUGACGCAUUGCUGACUCCGCUUUUUUCCCGAUAGAUCAACUAGUUGUUUGUCCGUGCAUUCCUCCGUAAAAGUCUUUAUGGGGGGGGGGGUGGAAAUCCUUGACCCAAAAAUUUAAAAAAUUUUCUUACCCUUAACUGGCGGACACCCUUUCUACCUUUUCACAGUAAUUGUCGCAUUGCUGACUCCGCUUUUUUCCCGAUAGAUCAACUAGGUGUUUGUCCGUGCAUUCCUCCGUAAAAGUCUUUAUGGGGGGGGGGGGUUGAAAUCCUUGACCCAAUAAUUUAAAUAAUUUUGCUACCCUUAACCUCGUCAUGCCCGCUAGUCGAACCCUUUAUUUCGUGAUUGUGGACGCAGUGCAUGCUACUGCUACUCGGAGCAAAGGGUGUGAUCAGAGCCCACGGUCCGGAAAAAGAUUAUUUAUCUACUGGAUUUAAGAAUGCUAAAAAAAAAAUCACUACCCCACCAUAACGUACCCCAUUAACUACUAUAUAAGGUCGUGGACCACAUACUCUAACCACGAAAGAAGGCUCAAUGGCUUCCACCUCAGAUCCCUGCGCCAUUCGUUGACAUUAAAUGGCAAGACAAAGUCCCCAACACGGAUGUCCUGACCCAAACAAACAUGUGUAGGGUCCCAGCCAUGUCAAUCCAAAGACGCCUCCGCUGGCUAGGACACGUCUAGCGAAUGCAACCUGGUCGCAUACCAAAGGACGUGCUAUACAGCGAGCUGGCGACAGGGAAAAGGUCAGUUGGACGGCCUCGUCUGAGAUACUUAGACCUAUGCAAAAGAAACAUGAAGUCGGCCAACAUCGACAUCUCAAACUGGGAGGAGCUGGCAGAGGAUCGAUCCUCAUGGCGGGACAUCGUGAAGGCAGGAUCACUACAUGCCGAUGAGCAAAACAGGGCGGAAACAGCAACAGCUGCAAAAAGAGCGAGGAGGAAUGCCGGUAAAUGCUCUUCCACCGCAUUCGUGUGUGGGAAAUGUAACAGAGACUACCACUCGAGGAUUGGUCACACCAGCCACACCAAGAGCUGCAAGCAAUAAAGAUAAUCUAUCGUCUCCCGCAGACGGAAAGAUGCCAUACAUAUAUAUAUAUAUAAAUAAAUAUAUAUGUAUACAUAUAUAUUAUAUAUAUAUAUAUAUAUAUACUCACACACAUAUAUGAAGAGUUUAUUAAUGCUUGAAAAACGAAAGGAUUGAAUCUUACUGGAUAUGUUCAUAUGUGUUUUAAGAUUUGAGUUUGAUACAUUUUAAAUAUAAGACGCUUAACUCUUUGACAACAGACAAUUAGCGAAAUCCAUUAGAAAGUUAAGCAUUAUAAAUUUAUUUCUACACCUUUUACAUACAUACAAAGAUCUCACAAUCAUCUAGUUGUGUUAAAAUUUUAAAAGUAUUUACAGAAAAAAUUUUUUAAAGCAUUGCUUUUAAAAAAUAUUCUACAUGUAACAUUAUUUCUCGUACACAGACAGUCGCAAUGGGAACAACAAUUGCGAUGAUCCUUUUGUUUCUGGCACGUAUCAAUCAUCCAGCAAUGACAAGUUGUAAGUCAAAUGUAAUUUAAAAACCUAUAAUUUAUAUGUAUAACAAUUUGACAAGAGUUGUUUUAAAAAUAUUAACAGAUAAAAAUAAAAUAUUUUUUUUAAUAAGAAAGCGAAAAAUAAAAACAGACCAAUGACUUUUUUUUAAUGUAGAUCUAUAUCGAUAAUAAAUUUUAUUAUUAUUUUUAAAAUUAAAAAAAACAACAAAAAAACUAAUUAUAUUCAGUUUGUGACAAUACAAAAAAAAAUAAAACUAAUUAUAUUCAGUUUGUGACAAUACAAAAUUAAUACUAAUUAUAUUCAGUUUGUGACAAUUAAAAAAAAAAACAACAACAAACAAAACAAAUUAUAUUUAGUUUGUGACAAUACAAAAAAAAAAUAUAUUCAGUUUGUUGUUUUUUAUAAACGCUAAAAUAAUUGAAAAUAAAAAGUGAACUAAUUUAAAGUUGAAGUAGAAAAUUAUUUGACAUUUAGUAUACUACAUUACUGAACGUAAAAAAAACAAACGGUUCGAUGUGUUAUUUUCAACUUUAAUAUAAUUUCGAUUUUGAAAAUAAAUCAGAUUUUUAAAAAUAAUGAUACAAGAUAUGUGUAUAGUUAAAUACAGAUAGAUAGAUAGAUAAAUAGAUAGAUAGAUAUAUAGAUAGAUAUAUAGAUAGAUGGAUGGAUAGAUAGAUAGAUAGAUAGAUAGAUCGAUAGAUAGAUAGAUAGAUAGAUAGAUAGAUAGAUAGAUAGAUAGAUAGUAUCUAUCUAUCUAUCUAUCUAUCUAUCUAUCUAUCUAUCUAUCUAUCUAAGAUAGAUAGAUAGAUAGAUAGAUAGAUAGAUAGAUAGAUAGAUAGAUAGAUAGAUAGAUCGAUCGAUCGAUCGAUAGACAGAGUAUAAUUUAAAAAAAAAAAAUAUAUUAUUUACUCCAAUAAAACUCAUUAUCGUUUUAAUCAUACAUUUAUUUUAGUUACCUGCAGUUCGUCUGGCGCUGUCAAUUCUGCGGGCGCAUGUUUCCUGUACAACAGCACUAAACUCUCCUAUACAGAUGCUAAGGUUAGCGUUACAGGAUGUGUCACAGAACGGGUGUUACGAAGAAGCGUUUAGGUCAAGAUUUAUCACAAACUGUAUUGACUUUGUAAGGGUCAUUACAGGAAAGCUCCACUCUUUAUUUAUAUUUUGGGUAUCUAGAUAUAGAAAAAAGUACAACGAAUACCCAAUGAAAACCAAAAAAAACAAACAAACAAAAAAACAACCAAAAACAAAACAUAAACUUUAUGGUGUCGGAUGAUGAACUAGUUUGUGUUUAACUCUAAAAUAACAAAGCUGUAAAUCUCUUGUGUUGGUGCUGUCAACUAAUCUGUAUUUCUACAACAAUGAUUCGUCGACGUCAUCGUCUCAUCUAUUCGUACCUUCAAAUGGUCAACGGCCGUCCCUUCAUUUCUUUUAAUUAUUCCCUCUCAACUGUUUUCUCUCCGCCUCAUGUCACGAAGAGUUCUGUCUUUAAACACGAUUCCCUGCCUCCAUAGGUGGCCCUGGAAUGCUAUCUAUUAACACAUUCCUGGCCCAUCAUUUCCGGUCAGUUAGGUUAUCCCGUCGUUAACCUUAAAAUCAUGCAAAGUCUGGUAGGCUAGAAACAUAAUAUUAUGAAAAGAAACGAUCCCCUCCCUCUCAAAGAUGUGAGAAGCAACCUCAUCCUCCCAACAAUUCCCUCUCCCAAAAAAAAAAAUCACAACCAUUUCCGUCCGAACUAUAGAUUACCUGAACAACAAUUGAGCUCAGUUCAGUAUCCCCGCGGCAGUCAUUUUUGAUAAAAUCUUAGGGCUCGUACCGGAUUCUAGGCAAAAGGAGAUGAACAGAGCUGACUUGAAAGAGUGUUAGAGGAUGGACUUCACUUGGUUCCAAUAAACGGUGUCAAUGGAAAGAUAACGUCAUUGUGGUGUAGACAGACGUAGUACAAGAGACCAGCAAAGAGCUACACCACCACAAAGCGAUGCUGCAGAUUUUUAUUAUGCAUGUCACAUUGCCACGAACUGCACUAACACACAGUAGUAUUACAGAUGCCAAUGUGCAGGUCCCAUUGCCCAGUACUGCACCAACACACGGCGGUGCCACAGAUCUCAUUCUAAACGUCCCAUUGCCCAGUACUGCACCAACACACGGCGGUGCCACAUAUCUCAUUCUACAGGUCACAUUGCCCAGUACUGCACCAACACACGGUGGUGCUACAGAUCUCAUUCUACAGGUCACAUUGCCCAGCACUGCAUUAACAAACGGCGGUGCUACCAAUGUCAUUGUGCAGGUCACAUUGCCCAAAACUGCACCAAACUAAGGCAAUCCCCCAUAUGUUAUUCUGCAGGUCACAUUGACAAGUAUUGCAGCAACACACGACGAUGUUACAGAUGUUUGUGCCGGUCACAUAGCCAAGUACUGCGAUAACACAUGGUUGUGCUACAUAUGACAUUGUGCAGGUCACUUUGACCAGUUAUGCACUAACACACGGCAGUACUACAGAUGUCAUAGUGCAGGGCACAUUGCCAAGUUCUGUGCUAACCCACGUUGGUUCUACAGAUGUUAUGCCAAUGGUCAUCUGGCUCAAGAUUGCUGUAACGAGUGCCAGUGUUUUCGUUGUUAUGAAAGUGGACACCUAGCCAAAGAAUGCAACCGACAAUUUAGUCUGUUUUAGCUGUCUACGCCCAGACAACACUGCCAUGAGAUUUCCAAUAGUAUUUCUGCCAGAAAAUUUCCCCCGUCGGGACGUUUCAGAUUUUUGGGGGAAUGGUAAGUGACAGUGGCAAGAGGCGUAGCUAAGGGGGAAGAGGGGGACAUAUGUCCACAGGCAGUAUACUAUGAGGACAGCUAAAUGAGGUUUAAUGGUAUUUAGUGCAUUAAAAAUGGGUUCGGGGUUGAUAGGGGGGUGAAAAUGAAUCAAUGUCUCCUUGUGCCAAACACUUCAGCUAGUGAGGCGGUUUUGGUGGUCUCCUGAGAUGUCAAUUUUUCUUUUUAUGGACGGGAAAUAUUUUAUAUCAAAUGCAGAGUUUGCAUCGUUAAUAGGAACGUGGCAUAAGUCUUGGCAAGUCUAGGGUAGAGCCAACACUGGCUACUCCACUAGGUCACUUGUAUCAAUCAGCAUUAACACUAGCUACUCCAUAUGGCUGUGUAUCUAUCAGCACUGAAAUAUUAAAUUAAGAAAUGGCGUCAGAGGGCCGUCGAGCUUGCGCUCUUUAUGCCCUCCCCAAAACACCCCUCCCCAACCCGGUAUCGGGGUGCGGAGCGGCACGUCGAGAUGUCCUUUUGUCAGGACAGCCCCUACCCGAGUCUGCUUGACCAAGACUCCGCCGGCGGCCGUCCUAACCCAAAGACACCCUGUCGGUCCGACACUUUGUUUGCACACAGUGCACACGAUCGACUUUCUCAGGAGUCAGGAUGGAAAAAUUUACGUCCUAAUAUCUUCCCCCCCACCCAUCCCGUGGAAGCGUUAGAUGCCCUAUAAGAGGGAGUCUACAGUGGGUUUCCACAACGCAACUAAUUCGCGAUGUAUCUGGGACGAAACGGUUGCCUUGGAGUAGCUUCUCAGGGCUGCAUAGUAAGAAUCAUCGGCCAGAGGUUACCACCUUCGCCUCUCGCCUCAUAUCUAUUAACGGCAACUUGUAAUCAUGAUCCCUACCCUGUCACUGCCUAUUGUUCCAGUUGGGAAAUAUCACUACUGGCAGCCCUGUAGGAGCUGUUUUAUGUACGGCAGGUACCGAGCACAUCCCUUGUCUGCACACGUAGGACGCGCCCAGUGGUUGUGUUUCCAGGGUAACGUCGAGGGGGUCGGUAGCCGACGCCUCCUAAUCGACAGGCCAUCUAUCAGCACUAAAACUAGCUACUCCACUAGGCUGUAUCUAUCAGCACUAACGCUAGUUAUUUCACUAGGUUGUGUAUUUAUCAGCACUAACAUUUUAUAUAAUAAAAAAAAAACCAAAAAAACUAUGACCAGCGCCAGCUGUACUGUUAUUUUUGGGGAAAGGAUGGCAGAAAUUGAGGGUAGUGAUGGCUCUCGAGUAAAAGGGUAGGGGUCUAGGAAUUUUGGAUUAUUUCAAAAUCAAAAGGUGCAUUUUGAAGUAUACCGAAAUUCAGUUUUUCUCUUAGAAUAUGGCAUCUGGUGCACACUUCUAUUGCUGCCCACAGAUACUACUUACCAGCUAAGUGCUAUUUCUUAUGUUUAUUUUUAUACCGUUUUUUCUGUUGUUUUGUUCGCUGACGAAGGCUUUCUGCCGACACGUUCGCUGUUUUGUUGCGUUGAUUUUUGCAGGUUUAGCCCUACUCUGUUUUACUCAUUUUAGUUUGUACUAACCUGAUUGCAGUCUCCCCCCUUAUUACCCCAGUGUUAUUAAUGUCUUACAAUUUGUGAUAUUCUUAAACAAGAAAAAAAAGAAUGCAAAUGCAAAGUGUGAACAAGGGGAAGUAAGACUUCGGCUUACAAUCAAAAGCGGCAACUGUGAUAUUUUUAAACAAUUACUAUAAGCCUUUAACAAAAUUAGCAUUAAAUAUACGGAUCAGCAUUUAUAUCGAGCGUAGCGAUAUUUAAUCGAUUUCACUAAUUGUAAUCGGUUUAUAGCACCAACUACUAUUCUUUUUAAAAAUGUUUGAAAAAUGACACUUGAGUCGUUUUUAAUUUUAGAAACAUGUUAUCGUUCUAUUGUUUUUAACCAUCUUGCUAUUGGGGGGGGGGGGGCAAUUGAAUUUCCCCGAGUGAGCAAUGCCACUUUAUUUUUAAAAAUUUUUUAAAAAUGAAAUUUGUUUCGUUUUUAAUUUUAGAAACUUGUUAUCGUUUUAUUGUUUUUAACCAUCUUGUUAUUGGGGGGGGGGGCAAUUGAAUUUCCCCGAGUGAGCAAUGCCACUCCCUUCCUAGAGAGAUGCCUGAAAGAAACACUGGUGUCAAAUUCAGAGACAGUGCUACAAUUGUCAUCUGCCCGGCCAUGCCGUGGGGCAUUGGUCAGUUGUCCGUGACAUAAAGGAAGAUGGAAAUUCUAUUUGUUCUGAAGGGAAAACGACAGCCAUGCGCUCUAGGUCAGGACAUAAAAAGAAGUGUGUAGAGAAUAGAGAAGAAAGGUAUAUCCUUAGAACAAAAGGAGAAUAAUCAGGCACACAUAAUGAAGAACGGAGAAGAGAGAAUACCAACGCAGUGAAGAUAUUUUUCUUAUUGGAGGGAUUUGGAUUGUCCCUGGAGUAAAGAAAAGUCACUACUGUAGAUGACAGCAAGUUGACAGAAGAAAGGUGCACGGUCGUGUUAAUAAAUGAUGCAAGGCUACAGGGAGAGAAGGCGAUAGUAACCCAUACAUUUCAGGAAAGGUUGAAGUAGUUUACAUUUCCGACAUUGCUUAGGUUGUGAAAGUGGGAAAGUAGGUGAGGACUCUGCGUGUCAGGAUGUUAGUGAUGAUAAUUUCGAGGUGGCCUAGAUCAGUGGUCUACUAAAAAUACCAAAUAAACAAAUCAACUAAACAAUUCAACGAAACAAACUAACUAAAAAACUCAACUAAACACAUAAACUAAACAAAUCACCUAAAAAAUCAACUAAAAAAUCAACCAAACACAUCAACAAAGGAAAGCAACUAAAAAAUCAACUAAACACAUCAUCAACAAAACAAAUAAACUAAAUACAUCAACUAAACACAUCAUCAACAAAACAAAUAAACUAAAUACAUCAACUAAACACAUCAUCAACAAAACAAAUAAACUAAAUACAUCAACUAAACACAUCAUCAACAAAACAAAUAAACUAAAUACAUCAACUAAACACAUCAUCAACAAAACAAAUAAACUAAAUACAUCAACUAAACACAUCAUCAACAAAACAAAUAAACUAAAUACAUCAACUAAACACAUCAUCAACAAAACAAAUAAACUAAAUACAUCAACUAAACACAUCAUCAACAAAACAAAUAAACUAAAUACAUCAACUAAACACAUCAUCAACAAAACAAAUAAACUAAAUACAUCAACUAAACACAUCAUCAACAAAACAAAUAAACUAAAUACAUCAACUAAACAAAUCAUUUAAAAAAUCAACUAAAAAAUCAAUAAAACACAUUAACUAAACAAAUCAACUAAACAAACUAAUUAAACAAACCAACUAAAAAAAUCAACUCAAAAAUCAACUAAACACAUCAACUAAACAAGGGAACUAAAAUAAUAAACUAAACACACCAACUAAACACAUCAACUAAACAAAACUAAAUACUUCAUGUAAAAAAUCAACUAAAAAAUCAACUAAACACAUCAACCAAAUCAACGCAAAUAAAAUAUCAACUAAACACAUCAACUAAACCAAUCAACUUAACAAAUCAACUAAACAAACCAACUAAACAAACCAACUAAACAAAUCAACUAAAAAUCAACUAAACACAUCAACUAAACAAGAGAACUAAAAAAAUCAACUAAAAAUCAACUAAAAAUCAACUAAACACAUCAACCCUAUCAAAGCAAAUAAAAAUAUAUACUAAACAAAUCAACUAAAAAAUCAACAGAACACAUCAAAUAAACAAGGGAACUAAAAAAUCAACUAAACACAUCAACUAAACAUAUAAACUAAACACAUCAACAAAGAAAACAACUUAGAACAUCAAUAAAGCAAAUACAAAAAUUAACUAAACACAUCAACUAAACAAAUCAACUAAACACAUCAACUAAACAAAUCAACUAAACAAAUCAACUAAAAAACUCAACUAAACGCAUCAACUAAAAACAUCAACUAAAAAAAAUGAACUAAACACAUAAACUAAACACAUCAACUAAACACAUCAACUGAACACAUAAACUGAACACAUCAACAAAGAAAACAACUAAGCACAUAAAAAAGAAAAUAAAAAAUCAACUAAACACAUCAACUAAACAAAUCAACUAAACAAAACAACUAAAAAACUCAACUUAACGUAUCAACGAAACACAUCAACUAAACACAUCAACUAAACAUUCUUGCGUUAAAAGCCUUAAAGUUUGUUUAAUUAAAAUAACAAUUUAUAAUUUUUCUAUACAAUAUUUUUCCAUCAGAGUGCAUGUGACACGAUAGGUGGAGUUCUGGCAAAGGUGGUGAACACGUUACAAAUUGUGUCCAUACCAGACGCAAGUAAGUAUAUACGGAGAGAUUAUAUUAUUUUUAUGUCUGCUUUUAUGAGCAAUGUGUUCGGGUGAGGUAAAGUUGAUGAUCUGCUCAAGGUGUGAGACCUACUGAAUAUUCAUGUUUUUUUCAUCCUAGGUGUCGUUUACUUUUACUUAGCAGAUGCACCGCAUGUGUUGUCAUUUAAGGUGUCUUUCACUUAGUUGAUGUACCACCUGUGUUGUCAUCAAAGUUGUCUUUAACACAAUAGAUCACGUACUGUACUACCAUUUUAACACAGAAGAUGCACCGCCAAUGUUGUCAGCCUUUGGUCCUGAAAUUGGAUAACCUGAAAUUGUAAGGUGUCUUUGCAGUAGAUCGGCUGGACGAUCCACUUUAAGCCAAUCUAAUGUCUGAUUAACACGGCACCAAAUGGAUCGAAUGUGUCAUGAUAAGAUAAAAUAAGAUUCUUUCAUUGAUUCAAAUAAAUGCAAAUGUUUUUUUAAUUGCAUUAUACAUUUUCAUAAAUAAAACAUUUUUAGCCCAAUACAUUUAUAAUAAAUUAUUUCAAAUAGUCAUUCAGUGAGUUCUCUUUGCCAAAUCGAGGUCUUAUUAGUUCUCAUGAAGAUGUGUGACUUGUGACUUCAGAGUGAGCACGCCGGUAAAUUCGUACAGAUUGGGGAACAAAAUAAUUUUUAUAUCUUUCAGUCUUCGCCCUGAUGGAAAGAAUUCGUCCCGAACGGCCCGACCUAAGUAUUUGUGGUAAAGAGGGUGGGAUGUAUCAUCCAAAAUUUGUUUAGUUUUACAAUGAAAUCUUUCUUCAAAUAGCUCUUCAACUGAAGGAUGUUUAGUUUGUGUUAUGUUCCUAGCUUUCUUGAUUAGUCGGUUUAUGCGGUGUUAAUAUCGGACGUUGAAUUCCCACACCAGCAGGUAAUACUCAAAUUAAGUAGGCUUCCAACUGUUGCACUGUAAACUAAGUUUAUGACUUGCCUGUUUACGCCAAAAUUGUACAGUUUUUGAGUUAGAACAGUCUUUGGUUGAAUUUCUUAUACAGUAUUUGGCCAUGUCCACGCCAUGUUAGCUUAUUAUUAAUGGUGACACCUAAGUACUUGUACGCCUCCACUUUCUCUACACUUUGAUUUUUUAUGUUGAGAUCUGUAAUCUGGUGUUUCGCCCUCCUGAAAUAAAUAACAAUUUCCUUUGUUUUUGAGACACUCAGCUGGAGAAAAUUAUCAUCGCACCAAUUGAUAAAGCUUAUAACUAAAUUGCGGUAUAGGCCUUCUCCUACAGAUAUUAAGCCAAACAACGAUGGUAUCAUCAGCAAAUUAUAAGAUUGGAACGGUGUCUCUUGAGCUUUGAAUAUCAUUUGGUAAAUAUUGUAUACAGUUCAGAAGAGAGAAUGCAGCCUUGUGGUGCCCCUGUGCUUAUUUCUCUUGUUAGAGAUACUUGGCCAUUUACUUUGAUAUAUUGCGGUCGAUUUGUUAAAAAGUUCAGUAUCCAAGCCUGACUAUUUAAAUUGACACCUAACGAGGAACGUUUCUUUAUCAUAAGGUGUGGUUGGAUAGUGUUAAAUGUUGAUGAGAAGUCUAAGAAAAGAACUCUGGCAUAUGUUUUAGGAUGAUGUUAAAGUCUCUCCAACAAUAGUAAGAUUGCAUCCUCCGUACUUCUGGCAAGUUUGUAAGCAAAUUGGUGGAGGUGAAGUUUUUGCUGUAAUUCAUUCAAAAUUUCUUUCAGAAUUAUAUCUCAAAACAUUUCAUUACUAUAGAGGUAAGUGCAACAGGUCGUAAGUCGUUGUUGCAUGUUCCCUUAUUUUUCUUUGGGAUUGGUAUGAUUUCUGAAGUUUUCCAAAUUGCUGGUAUUGUGUGAGUUACAUAAGAUUUAUUAAAUAUGUAACAAAAAAAAAUGUAGGAGGGCUGCUCUGCGCAUAGUUUCAUGAGCCGACCACUUACUUUGUCUGGUCCCGAGGCUUGACUGCGUCCACUUGAUUAAAUUGGUCCUGAAAUUGGAAUACGGCUGGCCUUAAAUAUUUCCGCACAUUUGAAUAGUUUUACCUCCGGACCUUGAUUAGAGCUCAGACAAUACGAUGGAUAGGUUUGAAAUAAAAUAUCUCCUGUUAGCAUCUUAUUUAUUAUAAAUAGAUUGUUGUUGUUGUAUUUUUAAGGGGCCGGGGGGUGAGGAUAUUUUAUCGCUAAUUGCAUUUGCCAUCUGCACUUUUUUCUUUAUCAUCAUCUCCAUCCAUUAUGUCCUUUUUUAAAAUAUAAUCUUCAUGCACAUUUUAUGACAGAUAAUUGACAACAGCUUACCACUGAAAUCGAUGUUCAUUGUACUGCAGCAUGACCUUCUUACAUAACAUCUGUAAAAUCAGUGGUUCUUAACCUGGGUUCAAUCGAACCCCAGGGGUUCGGUGAAUCAGUCUCAGGGGUUUGGCGGAGGUCUAAUAAAAAUCAGAAAAAAAAAUCAAAUGUUAUUUUUUCCUAUUAUGACGGGUUUGGUGAAUGCGCAUGUGAAAAUGGUGGGGUUCGGUAUCUCCAACAAGGUUAAGAACCACUGUGUANUAUAUAUAUAUAUAUAUAUAUAUAUAUAUAUAUAUAUUAUAUAUAUAUAUAUAUAUAUAUAUAUAUACUGAUUUACUAAACUAUCGAACGUCAUGUCACUAUUAUUUCAAAUCUCAUGUCAUUUUAAUGUCAUCAAAAAAGUCUUAUUACAAUUUAUUUUCAAAUUCUCCUGCAAAAUUUUUAAGACCUAUAUAGCUAUGACACUUAAAUUAAUCUUGUUCCGUCGUCUCUCUCAUCCCCUCUUCUGAGUUGCAACUUGACUGACGUCUUUUUAAGAUAUCUUUACACAAUUCAAGAUAUCUCAACUAUACUUAAUUUUUCACUAUUCAAAUAUGUUUGAUUAAAAAUGUUCUUUACCUUACGCCCUAUGAUAUGCGGUUGGCCAUGUAACUCUCUGCUUACAUUUUGGAAAACGUUUACCCCGCCACUACAACAAAAUCCGAAUAUUUCCGUAAGUUGAAAAGAAAUCGUUUGGAAAAAAAAAAUAGACAUUCAGUCCCCGCACUAUUUUUUUUCUUUUUUCUAUUUCAUCUAUCAUAUGUUUCGUUGAAUUAGACAAUAUGAGAUUGUGAUAAAAUAUCAUAUGUUUCGUUGAAUUAGACAAUAUGACAUUGUGAUAAAAUAUCAUAUGUUUCGUUGAAUUAGACAAUAUGACAUUGUGAUAAAAUAUCAUAUGUUUCGUUGAAUAAGACAAUAUGACAUUGUGAUAAAAUAUCAUAUGUUUCAUUGAAUAAGACAAUAUGACAUUGUGAUAAAAUAUCAUAUGUUUCGUUGAAUAAGACAAUAUGACAUUGUGAUAAAAUAUCAUAUGUUUCGUUGAAUUAGACAAUAUGACAUUGUGAUAAAAUAUCAUAUGUUUCGUUGAAUUAGACAAUAUGACAUUGUGAUAAAAUAUCACAUGUUUCGUUGAAUAAGACAAUAUGACAUUGUGAUAAAAUAUCAUAUGUUUCGUUGAAUUAGACAAUAUGACAUUGUGAUAAAAUAUCAUAUGUUUCGUUGAAUUAGACAAUAUGACAUUGUCAUAAAAUAGCAUAUGUUUCGUUGAAUUAGACAAUAUGACAUUGUGAUAAAAUAUCAUAUGUUUCGUUGAAUUAGACAAUAUGACAUUGUGAUAAAAUAUCAUAUGUUUCGUUGAAUUAGACAAUAUGACAUUGUGAUAAAAUAUCAUAUGUUUCGUUGAAUUAGACAAUAUGACAUUGUGAUAAAAUAUCAUAUGUUUCGUUGAAUUAGACAAUAUGACAUUGUGAUAAAAUAUCAUAUGUUUCGUUGAAUUAGACAAUAUGACAUUGUGAUAAAAUAGCAUAUGUUUCGUUGAAUUAGACAAUAUGACAUUGUGAUAAAAUAGCAUAUGUUUCGUUGAAUUAGACAAUAUGACAUUGUGAUAAAAUAGCAUAUGUUUCGUUGAAUUAGACAAUAUGACAUUGUGAUAAAAUAGCAUAUGUUUCGUUGAAUUAGACAAUAUGACAUUGUGAUAAAAUAGCAUAUGUUUCGUUGAAUUAGACAAUAUGACAUUGUGAUAAAAUAGCAUAUGUUUCGUUGAAUUAGACAAUAUGACAUUGUGAUAAAAUAGCAUAUGUUUCGUUGAAUUAGACAAUAUGACAUUGUGAUAAAAUAGCAUAUGUUUCGUUGAAUUAGACAAUAUGACAUUGUGAUAAAAUAUCAUAUGUUUCGUUGAAUUAGACAAUAUGACAUUGUGAUAAAAUAUCAUAUGUUUCGUUGAAUUAGACAAUAUGACAUUGUGAUAAAAUAUCAUAUGUUUCGUUGAAUUAGACAAUAUGACAUUGUGAUAAAAUAUCAUAUGUUUCGUUGAAUUAGACAAUAUGACAUUGUGAUAAAAUAGCAUAUGUUUCGUUGAAUUAGACAAUAUGACAUUGUGAUAAAAUAGCAUAUGUUUCGUUGAAUUAGACAAUAUGACAUUGUGAUAAAAUAGCAUAUGUUUCGUUGAAUUAGACAAUAUGACAUUGUGAUAAAAUAGCAUAUGUUUCGUUGAAUUAGACAAUAUGACAUUGUGAUAAAAUAGCAUAUGUUUCGUUGAAUUAGACAAUAUGACAUUGUGAUAAAAUAGCAUAUGUUUCGUUGAAUUAGACAAUAUGACAUUGUGAUAAAAUAGCAUAUGUUUCGUUGAAUUAGACAAUAUGACAUUGUGAUAAAAUAGCAUAUGUUUCGUUGAAUUAGACAAUAUGACAUUGUGAUAAAAUAGCAUAUGUUUCGUUGAAUUAGACAAUAUGACAUUGUGAUAAAAUAUCAUAUGUUUCGUUGAAUUAGACAAUAUGACAUUGUGAUAAAAUAGCAUAUGUAAGCAACUUAAUCUGUUAUACUGUAACACUUAAAAUAUCAUAUGUUUCGUUGAAUUAGACAAUAUGACAUUGUGAUAAAAUAGCAUAUGUUUCGUUGAAUUAGACAAUAUGACAUUGUGAUAAAAUAGCAUAUGUUUCGUUGAAUUAGACAAUAUGACAUUGUGAUAAAAUAGCAUAUGUUUCGUUGAAUUAGACAAUAUGACAUUGUGAUAAAAUAUCAUAUGUUUCGUUGAAUUAGACAAUAUGACAUUGUGAUAAAAUAGCAUAUGUUUCGUUGAAUUAGACAAUAUGACAUUGUGAUAAAAUAUCACAUGUUUCGUUGAAUUAGACAAUAUGACAUUGUGAUAAAAUAUCAUAUGUUUUGUUGAAUUAGACAAUAUGACAUUGUGAUAAAAUAUCACAUGUUUCGUUGGAUUAGACAAUAUGACAUUGUGAUAAAAUAUCAUAUUAGAUAUAUACUGAGAUUGUACCACCCUCUGCACACAUCUUUCAGCUUUUCUUCCUGCCCUGGCGGAGGUUUUGAUUAAAUUCAUGAACAUACUUUUUAAGGUUUAUAUUGCGCCAUAUUACAAUUGUCCUGAAUGCAUUAACAUUGCAGACAACAAAGUGUGGAUCGGUGCCAACGAUGAUGUAAAUGAGGGAACCUGGGUUUGGGAAUACGACGGUAAUGUUGCCAGAGAGUUGCGCUUGCUUUGGACAGUCGGACAACCAACCAACGAUACGGGCGUAAACUGUGCACUCGUUUACAAAUUUGAAAUUUAUGCAGAUGACUGUGAGAGCCAGUAUGCUUUUCUGUGUGGGGAGCCAGGUGAUUUCAAUGUGAUUGUUAAAUUGGCAACGAAGUGCACAGAGUGAAACAAAUGAUCCCCGAAGCUUACACAAAUAACAGCAUUGUUUCUAUUAUCUGUUUCAAUUUAAAAAAAAAAAAAUUACCAUCAAACGAAUGUACCCGAAUUAAGUUAUCAUUUCACUAUUUAUUAGCAUUACAAUACAGUUUGAAAUAAAUGUAUCAUCCAUAAAGUUAUCACAUGGGUGUAAAUGUAUUCUAUAUUAUAAAACAUUAACUAAUUGCUAGCAUAAAUAGACUUUGGAAAAAAUAUAAAUGUAGUAUAGACUCCAAAAAAUCAGAACAGCAUAAGGUAUCUCUCAUUACAUAACAGUUUGUUAUUAUAAAUAAAAUGUAGAUCUUUUAAAUGCUGUAUGGCCUUUAAUGUUGUAUUACAAGAACUCUAACUUUAUUUUUUUUUGAAACUGUUUCAGUGUGCGAGUUUAAAAGAGAUAAUCUAAGUCCAAUAUAGAAGAGAUAUAAGGUACGAAUUAGAAAGAUCCCAAUAAAGAAAUCUUAAAACUAAUAUUCCCAUAUUUGACAGCUCCAGAUCCGGUGACUUCGACAAGCACAGCAAUCGACCCUGCCACCACCAACGCUGCAGCAUCCAUAACUCACACAACCGCUACAACUCCUGCAGCGUCUAUACCCCAGACAUCCACCACACCAAUAACUACCCUGUUGAAAUGUGGCGCAAAUGACAUCAAAUUCAAUGUUCUAUUGAUUUUACAUGUAUGCGUGUUCAUUCAUCUAGCAAUUUGAAUUUAAGUGAGUUGUUUUUUAUUUCUUCAGUUUUUUUUUUUUUUUUUGGCUAUACGGAAAAUGAUUUAGAACUUUGUCAGACUUUCAUACCACAUUUUCUAAGAAAUAGAAAGGCCACUUCAGAGUGUGUGAGUUCAAUUAUCUAAUAGUUUGAUUUUUGAUUUUAACUUAUAAUUUUUGUAAACUCUUUUUAAUUGAUACUAUAAAGAUUUUUACAGUUUUUUUUUGGUAGUUUUUUUUUUAUUUUGUUUUUUUUGAAAAUCGGGGGGAAGUGGGGAAUGGCUCUACAUUAGCAAACAAUAAUGUCUACAAUGGUUUAAAAGGGAGAGCAAUGUAAAUCGUAAAGUGAUUCACUUAAAAUGUUUGUUAGCCAUGAGCAAUUUAGCAAGCAAGCUCAUUAUUUAAAACAAUGUCCAAGGAGAAAUGUUGUUUUUAAUAGAAUUUUGUUUUAAACUCUUUUAAACCAAAACUGAAAAAAAAAAAUAAUAAUAAUAUUAAAUUUGUUUCCAUUGCACAGUUAUUUGUUUCAUUCUCUUUAGAAAACGUUUUUUUUUUUUUUUAAACUUUUAUUUAAAAAAAAAAUACUUUUUAAGGAAUAUUUUUACAUUUCUUGUAAUAAAAUUAAUAUAAAACAACCAAAUUUGUAUUCAAUUUUCCAAAUAAUGAUACUCUUUUAAACCAAAACUGAAAAAAAAAAAUAAUAAUAAUAUUAAAUUUGUUUCCAUUGCACAGUUAUUUGUUUCAUUCUCUUUAGAAAACGUUUUUUUUUUUUUUUAAAAUUUAAUUUAAAAAAAAAAAUAAAAAUAAUAUUAAAUUUGUUUUCAUUUCAUAGUUAUUUGUUUUAUUUUCUUUAGAAAACGUUUUUUUUUUUUUUUUAAACUUUUAUUUAAAAAAAAAAUACUUUUUAAGGAAUAUUUUUACAUUUCUUGUAAUAAAAUUAAUAUAAAACAACCAAAUUUGUAUUCAAUUUUCCAAAUAAUGAUUUUUAAAAUAUUUUUCUUCACACUUCAUUUUUUUUACUGUUUUAACUACAAAUUUAAGACACUUGCUUAUGUUUGUGGUGUAACAGAAUUAUCCAUAUGUAAUCAUAAUCCAAUGUGUUAUUUAAAAAGAGAAAACACGAUUUGAACAAAUUUGGAACUUGUAAUUACCAAAAAACACGAAACAUUUUUCUGUUCUGUAAAAUAGUUAAUGCCAAAAAAUGUUAGUGAACUUUAGAAUCUGUUUGUUAACCAAUAUUUUGGAACGAUUUUCAUCCCAUAAAUUAGUUACAGAGUUCACAUCAUCCGAUAUGAAUCUUGGUUACAUUCUUUCUGACAACAUGUACAGUGGAACCCCACUAUAACGCGAUGAUCGGGGUCCAUAAAAUCGGAUCGCGUUAAAAGCGGGGUUGCGUUCUUAGCACAGCGGGAAUCCCUUACGUAUUACUAUUUACAGUUCUACCGGAAGAAAGCCUCGUUUUCGGCAUUAAUUUUGAUACUAGUUUGAACGUGGUGCGUUUAGGGGCUCAUUUGCUACGAUAUUUUGAAAAGUUGUGAUUUUUUUCGCUUUAAAAAAUGGCUUUCCAAUCAAUGGAUACAAUUUUCAAAGAAGUUACGCCUGAUGGAGUAAAUGAAUUUCAAAUUUCGGGAGCCAUGCUACGACCGUGUGAUAUGUGAAUUCGCGUUAUGGCGGGGCGCGUUAUUGACUAUUGUAACUCACUUCAUUCAUAUUCACCACCACAUUCCAUAGAAAAAACUGCAGACAUGUUAAAACUCAGCUGCUGGGUUAGUUCUAAGGUCAAAGAAACAUGAUCACAUCACUCCACUACUUCCAUCACUUCAUUGGCUCCCUAUACCGGCACGCACUGAAUACAAGCUGUCUGUUCUCUGGCACAAAUUUUCUCUUUUUCUUGUCCUCCCUAUCUAACUGAACUUCUUAAUGUCUAUUUACCCUUUCUUUCUGUUCCCAGAACACGAACUAAAACAUACGGUGAGCGAUCUUUCUCUUUCUGUGCCCAAAAAACAAUGGAAUUCUCCAAUAACAUAUCCGCAAUAUAACGAUCAUCUCAGCCUUCAAAACUGUUCUCAAAACCCAUCUCUUUAAACUGUACUUUAACGACUUUUUUUCCUCCCCGUUUGACCGAUAAACAAUGCUCGAAUCUGCUGGGUUCUGUCCAUGACUGGAAGAUUAUAGGUGGUUAGGUCAAGCUUUUCACCAAUUUUUGGAUUUGAAUAUAAACGUUUCUGUAAUUGCUAAUUUAGGCUGGGGUACUGCAGGGAUCCUAGCCAUAGGCUGGGGGUACUGCGUUAUAUAAAAACCAACUAAUAAUAAUAAUAAUAAUAAUCAAAAUAAAACACGAACAAAUUAAGUCAGGUGCAAUUAAAAAUAUAAUAUCAAAAUAGAGAAGGAUAUAUUGAUAUUUAAUUUAAAUAAUCCCAUCUUUGAUUACGAUAUCAGGUCUAUCUUAUUUAAAGUAAAUGAUUCCUGAAGUAGAUUCUCUAUUAAUUUGACGAUAAGUGUGAUUGUCGAGAUUUAAGGGUGAAAUUAACUCUUCAAUUGUUUUAAGUGCUAGGUUAUCUCUACCAAAAUAACGCUCUUCAGGUCCUCUGAGCAAACACAGCUAGCCUAGCUCCCUGAGCAAACACAGCUAGCCUAGCUCCCUGAGCAAACACAGCUAGCCUAGCUCCCUGAGCAA